GAGCGCGGGUGUCUUCUGGGAAGUCAUGGCGUCGCUGAAUUGUAGGACUGCGGUCUGUGUGGUCUGUUUGGAGAAGCCGAAAUACCGUUGCCCGACUUGCCGCGUGCCCUACUGUUCGGUCCCCUGUUUUCAGAAGCACAAAGUACACAUUCAGUACACUGGCCGUGAUGGGGACUUGCGGCCUCGUUGGCUGGCAUGGAGGGUUGUGUUUGGCUAUGCCUGAAAUUUGUGUCUCUCUCAGAGCAGUGCAGCUCUGAAGCCCGACCUGUUGAGAAGAGAAGAGCAGGGCCUCCUGUGAGGUCUGAGGAGAGCAAAGAUGAUGACUCCUCCGUAGCUGAUUUCCUCAACAGUGAUGAGGAAGAAGACAGAGUGUCUCUGCAGAAUUUAAAGAAUCUAGGUGAAUCGGAAACUUUAAGAAGCUUGCUGCUGAACCCACACCUGAGGCAGUUGAUGAUUAGCCUCGAUCAGGGUGACAACAAAGCAAAGCUGAUGCGAGCCUGUAUGCAGGAGCCCCUUUUCGUGGAGUUUGCAGACUGCUGUUUAGGAAUCGUGGAACCAUCCCAGAAGAGGGAUUCCUAAGACUGGAUGUGUUCUCUGCUCAAGUUACCUGCUGCUGCUCCAAGAGGUGGCUGUUUUCAAGGCCACCAUACGCAGCAUGCACACGUGGGUCUUCCUCUACCACAUGGCUCGCUGCAGCAACUUCAUGAAGAGGAAACUUGUAGCCCUGGAGUGAUGGCUCAGCAGUUAGGAGCAUUGACUGCUUUUCCAGAGGACCCCAGUUUUCAGCACCUAUUUGACUACUUACAACUGUAAUUGGUUGCAGAGGAUCUGACAGUCUUUACUGUAUGCAUGUGCAUAGCCAUAUGUACAGGGAAAACUCCUACAUACAUAAAAUACUUAAAACAAAAACAAAAGGUUGGCUAUUUAUAUUUAGAUGGUUCUAAAUUUUAUUUCUUGUACAGUUCAGAGUUGCAUCAUAAAUACCAAGUAUAUCCAUUUGAAUUAAAAACAUAGUGUAACAAUUUAAGGUGUGGUUCUCUUGAUGCUGCAUUGUUCAUUGUUCUUGGUAACAUUAAAUAAAUCAGUUUAUUAAAUA